AUGCUGCCGCCAGGGCGCAAUGGCACCGCGUCCUGGGCGCACCCGGGGCAGCAGCAGCGGCAGCGGCAGCAGCAGCGGCUGGCGGCCGGGGGCCCCCCGCGGGGCUCGGCGUGGCCGGGGCCCGGGCCGGUGGUCACCGCGGGCCUCCUGAGCCUCCUCGUCGUCUGGGCCCUGCUGGGCAACCUGCUGGUGUGCGCGGCCGUCGUGCGCAGCCGCCCGCUGCGCGCCAGGGUGACCCACGUGUUCAUCGCGUCCCUGGCGGCGUCCGACCUCCUGGUGGCGCUGCUGGUCAUGCCCUGGAAGGCGGUGGCCGAGGUGGCCGGCUACUGGCCCUUCGGGGCGUUCUGCGACGUCUGGGUGGCCUUCGACAUCAUGUGCUCCACGGCCUCCAUCCUGAACCUGUGCCUCAUCAGCCUGGACCGCUACUGGGCCAUCUCCAGGCCCUUCCGCUACGAGCGCGCCAUGACCCCGCGCGUCGCCGGGGCCCUGGUGGGCCUGGCCUGGGCCCUGGCCGUCCUCAUCUCCUUCGUCCCGGUGCAGCUCAACUGGCACCGGGGCCAGGCCGGCUCCGGGGCCGGGCCGGACCUUCCGCCCAACGGCACGACGCCGUGGGCGGGAGCCGGGGAGCCGUCCGGGGGGGCGGGGGCGCGGGACUGUGACUCCAGCCUGAACCGCGCCUACGCCAUCUCCUCCUCGCUCGUCAGCUUCUACAUCCCCGUGGCGGUCAUGCUGGUGACCUACGCGCACAUCUACCGCAUCGCGCAGGCGCAGGCCCGCAGGAUCGCCUCGCUGGAGAGGGCGGCGGGGCGCGCGCGCGGCCUGGGCCCCGCCCUCCAGAAGGAGACCAAGGUCCUCAAGACCCUGGCGGUGAUCCUGGGCGUCUUCGUGGGCUGCUGGCUGCCCUUCUUCGUCCUCAACUGCAUGGUCCCCUUCUGCAACCGCAGACGCCCCCCCGGGGGCGGCCGCGCCCCCGGCUUGCCCUGCGUCAGCGAGACCACCUUCGACGUCUUCGUCUGGUUCGGCUGGGCCAACUCGUCGCUCAACCCCGUCAUCUACGCCUUCAACGCCGACUUCCGCAAGGUGUUUGCGCAGCUGCUGGGCUGCGGCCGCCUCUGCGCCCGCACCCGCGUGGAGACCGUGCGCAUCGGCAGCCAGCGCCUCUCCCACCGCGGGGACGCCGGCUGCCCCCCCGGGGAGACCGCGGCCGCCUCCGUGCACCCCAACGCGGUGGCCCCCGGCGACAGGGAGGUGGACAGCGAGGAGGGGGAGGGGGAGGAGGGGGAGGAGGGGGAGGGGGAGGAACAGAGUCCUUUCCAUCACGAGUCCCAGAUGGCUCAGAGGUCCCCAGAGGGCCAGCCCGUGGCUGAGUCUGUCUGGGAACUGGACUGCGAAGGGGAGAUUCCAGGAGGCAAAAGAACGCCCCGGACCCCAAAUGGGUUCCAUCAGACUGCGUAAGAACACGCCAAGGCAACCCGCGUGACCCG